UGGCAACCGCCAGGGAUCAUAGAAGAAGAUAACACAAGAAUAGCAUAAUAAUGAUCGGAGUUUCUUCGCAUAACUCUGGAACUUCACACACGUGGCGUGGGACUUUUUAAAUCCACAUAAAUAUACUACAAUAUGUUCUAUAUUCGCACAGCCUUUUCCCUUCUAGUUCGCCAAAAACCGGUGUGCUGUGAACGGUACUAUAUUGUUUGAACGGAGGGCCCAAGCCAGACAACUAACCACCUACAACGCAUAUGAGGAUGACUGACAACGAAAUACAGCGAACGUAAGGCCUUCGGGGUCGUUGGGAGACUUAACAAAUGGCACUGAAUGACACAGUAUUGACUCAGGUUGUCUGGUCCAAAUUUAUAUUUGGCAGAGGAGUCUUCCAGGGCGUCCGAGGAGGGCCAAAUCAGAAGCUUCACAAGGAAAUGGAUCUGUGCCGGUGGCAUCUCGAAUUCCGCCCGCUUCAUGGGCAGGUUGGCGGGGAGAGUGGCCAUCAAGAUGGGAGGACGCGCACUUGGAACGUGGGUUUGAUUUAUAAUGAGGUGCUGUGAUCCUCUACAGUUAUCCAAAAAUGAAGGUGGCACCACCGGGCCCCUGUAAAAAAAAGUCACAUAAACCAUAGAAAGUUGGGCAAAACGCAUGCAUCGAUAUUCAAGCCCAAACCACAGCCAUCUGCUUAUUUGCUCUUCUUGUUUUAGUUGAUAAAGAAGGGUACAUCGGAAUUCUAGGAACCGGAGGACGGUAGAGAUGCAGGGGAAAACACUGAUGCGGAUGGACGUGGAGGCGGUGAUAUAGGUGGUACUUUUGGCAGCCAAAUUGAUCGCAUGUGUUCUGUUAUGGAUGCUCUUGUGAAUUCAUAACAGUGCUCAAGCCAAGUUUGCCAGUCCCAGUCAAUCCAUUCAUGAAAAUUCGCAUGAUGGCCCCAACCCUGAUCCCAGCGCAGCAAAGGGGAUAUAGGGACACCAGGAAGGUGUUUUGCUUUCCACUCAGCAGGGCUGUUUGAAGGAGUUCGACCAAUCCCACAAUAUCCGAAGUCAAUGAGUACCACACGCCGAAGAGUGCUAUCCAGCACAAGAACAUUCCUCGGGUGUAUAUCUCUAUGUAAUAUAUCAUGAGCAUACAGCAUAGAUUCUGCAUCAACAAUUGCCUUCAAAAUAUUUUGACACUCUGACUGUGUAUAGUUGAUUGGAUUGAGAUGUUGCAUUGAGAUCCCA